GUCCUUCAAAGGUUACCCGUGGUUGUAGUCUCACGGAAUGCGCACAUUGGUAAGAUUUCAUAUCUUUUGCUUUCUUACUUAUAGGUUAUACCUUCUUAAUACGAAUAAACUCUGUCGUUCUUAUCUGUUGGUGAACCUAACAAACGUGUUAACUAGUUAGUAAAAUAUGAUGACGAAGAAAAAAAAUAGCGCAUCAGUUAUCCUUGAACUAAAAGAAUUAAUUGAUCAUAUCAACAAAACUAUUCCUAACGUCCCUGGAAAACAACGUCUGAUUAGAAUGUGCCAAAAAGAGACGGCUCAUUUUGAGUCGUUACCGUCUGACUUAGUCGAUGAUGCAGUUGUCUGUUCAAAUUUACCAUAUUUCAAAGCGAUAACAACACUUGCAAAUGCUUAUGGUAAUCGUCUUGUAGAUUUGUUAUGUCGUUAUCGUUUACCUACGGAUUUAACUGACAAUUGUACACCGCAUUAUUCACAACAAUUUGAUGAUGAUCAAAAUCAUAAUGUCAAUGCUUUGGAUUUUACUUAUUCAAGUAGUAAUGACUAUGUAUUACGAUACGAGAAACAAGACUCUCUACUCAUUGAAUUAGUCUGUACACAAUCCAAUGAAGGUAUUGAUGAAUUUUCACAAUCUAGAACAUGUUAUGGUAAUGCUGCUGAAGCUAGUCUAUGGGCUCCUGCAUUAUGGAUUAAAGUUGUGACAAGAGAUUCAUCUCGUUUAAAUAAUGCUUGGAGAGGUGAAGCUUCUUCAAAACAUGCAGCAUGUUUAGGAAGACAAGCGGAAGAGUUAAUCCUUGCAUCUCAUUGGUAUCAACGAGGUCAACCGCAACAUUGGAUUCGUGUCAUUGUACAUUGGUUACCGCAUACCACAUCUUCUGUCGAAAUCAAUAAUCUGGAUGUAGAUUUACGUGAUUAUCUUCAAAAUAUUGGUGCAACACUGCUUUUAGGUUCGAACCCCUGGAUUCAUAAUACUCAUGAUGAUGAUACUAAUAAUAACACUGAUAGUAUUCCUGAUAUUAUUAAUUCCAAAAAUUCCAACUAUACUAUAUCUAUUGAUAAAUUAAUUUUACCUGUAUAUAAAUUUAAAAAAUUUCUACAUAGUUUCAUUGAAUAUCACAACAAUGACAAUGUGUUUUGUGAGUUUAAACAAUUUAAAUAUGAAGCUGUAGAGAAGAUAUUGACAUUAUUGAAUAAAUUAUCUGAUAAUUGUUAUUCUAAUGAAGAAGAAGAAGAAGAAAAUGAUCAUGUGAUUAGUACAGAUGAAAUCAAUGAUUCAUUUGAGCUCACGAAUCCAUUAGAUGCUGUAUUACAAAAAUGUGCAUUAUGGCCAUUUUCAUUGGACAUUUAUAAUCAUGUAGAUAAAAUGAAUCGUAUCAAUUUGGAUGUUUCAGCUUUGAUUGCAUUCGUUUCGGAAUUAUCUCAAUUUAAUCCAACUUAUUCUUCUUCUAUUGAUUCUUCAUUUCAAUCAAUCGAUAAUCAGAAUAAUGCUGAAAUUGUAGCAAAUAAAAUUCUUGAAUGUUUACAAUCUGUAGAAAGACGUACACAAUUACUGAUGAAUUAUCCUUCAUUAAAAUUAGGCAAAUUUAAAUGGUUAACUGAAUCCGAAGCUGAAAUACCAGUACUUUUAUCAAUGAAUAAAUAUCUUCAAGGUAAAGUACCCAUUGUAUGCUUAAGUGCUAUUCAAUCAUUUUUAAAUAUUCUUGCAUUAAUCUCUGGACCAAAUGAAUGGAAACGUGGAAUCCAAUUAAUUAGUCGAUUAGUUAUAAUACCUGAUUUAAAUUCAUCCGGUGAAAUAAUUCCACCAAUUGAUAAAACAAAAACACAAUCAAAGAAUACAAAUUAUUUAUUAACUCAACGUAUCAUGGAAGUUGGCAAUGUCUUAGAAGCUCUGACAAUCACAUCCAAUGCUAGUUUUCUACGAUCUGUUCGUAAAUCGAAUCUUCGUUAUUCUGCAUUGUUGCUGCCUGCUCGUGCAUUGACAGAAACCACUCCACGUGUUGGUGUUGUUGCUGUUACAUCAUCCUGAUUGUUAUAAAAUGAAUUGACCAAAAACAAACUAUCCAUAUUUGAUUUUGUUCUGUUUGUUAUUGAAAAACGGAAUCCUUCUUUGUCAUUAUGUCAAUAAAAAAAACCCACGCAGUUUUUUUUUCAAAAGUAACUUUUGUUUAGUCUUUAUUGUAUUUCACAAUUUCUCCGUAGUAACCUCCAGUAUUUUCUGAUCGGAUCACAUUCAGUAGAAAAUGUGUGUAUUCAAAUCAUAACGAACAAGGAUUCCUUGUUGUUGUUGUUGUUGUAUAUAAUAGAAAAUAUUUCGCCUAAAUUUUCGUUUAUCAAUUAUUAUUUAUUCAAAAUGUAACUUUCUACACCAAAACAAAAACCAACCAACCUAUUUUAUUCAUUGAUUCUCUAUUCUCAUGUAACCAAAAAAAUGCAGUGUAUUAAACCAUAGAAUUUCGUCUUAAAAUUCUACUCAUUCUUCUUCACUAAAACUAACCAAACAACUAUUAUUAAAAAACCACUUGUU